UGUUUAUCUUUUUUUUUCUCAUUGUUAUUUUUUUUUUCUUACCCUCCCAAACCAUUUGAAAACCCCGAGAAAUAGAGAAACACACCUCUCUUUUUUCUCCUCUGCUUCACCGAUGAGCUAAAUAGAAAUUAACAAAGCUGAAAUCAUCAUUUUUUAGCAGUUUCAAAAUCAGUUUCAAAAAUCAAAACCAAACCCAUUUCAGUUUCAAGCUCCUUCUUCCUCCUCUUCAGCUCCUUGGAUUCUCGUUUUUUUUGUCGAUUCUGAAUCUCGGUUUCUCCGUGCAUCUCAAAGGAAGGGGGAAAAACUUUAAAACUACGGUUCUGGGUUUUAGCUUUUUCCCCUGAAAAGGUUGGAUCUUUAACAGCUGGUCGUAUCUGCAUGGUUCAAUCUCAAUCUGGGUCUUCCUUGCUUCUUCCUUUUUAGUUUUUUUUUUUUAAUUUAUCAUUUAAAAAAUGGGUACUUUUUGUCAGAUUCUCAUACAAAUCUAAAGCUCUUGUUUUUAGUCCUUCCGAUGUGUUCUAUACACUCUCCCCUCUUUGCCUCUCUUUAGAUCUGUUUCCAGAUUCUGCUUGAUCCAUCUCCCUACUCAAAGCUACUAAAAAGAGAUUGAGCCUCAGAUGAUGCAAACGGCGUCGUAUCUUUGCAGGGUUGUGUUUGUUAUGUGUUGUGGAGGUGGAAAUUGCUGAAACUCUUUUUGUCAAUGGGAUUGUGCCUUGAAGGUGUUCGUCGUAUUGCCUGAGUGAAUAAUGGGAAACGGAACUUCCCGCGUUGUCGGCUGUUUCGUGCCGUCCAACGAAAAAAACGGCGUCGAUUCGGAGUUUCUUGAGCCUCUAGACGAAGGUUUAGGGCAUUCCUUUUGCUACGUUAGGCCGAGCAUCUUCGAGUCUCCGGAUAUCACUCCCUCUAACUCGGAGAGGUUCACCAUUGACUCAAGCACGCUUGACUCCGAGACGCUCAGUGGAUCUUUCCGAAACGAAGUCGUUCUUGAUGAUCCUUCUUUCUUGAAUAGGCACAACAGUAAAGGCUUGGGGGAGACGACAUUUAAGGCGAUCUCAGGUGCUUCGGUUAGUGCCAAUGUGUCUACAGCUAGGACUGGGAAUCAAACGGCAUUGUGUUCAAGUGACGUGUUGGAGCCUGCUGCUACAUUUGAGAGCACGUCUUCUUUUGCUUCGAUUCCUUUGCAGCCGCUCCCUCGUGGUGGUUCUGGACCGUUGAACGGGUUCAUGUCAGGGCCUUUAGAAAGAGGUUUUGCGUCUGGUCCGUUGGAUAGAAACAACGGUUUCAUGUCAGGGCCUAUAGAGAAAGGAGUAAUGUCUGGUCCUCUCGAUGUAUCUGAUAAAUCUAAUUUCUCGGCGCCGCUUUCUUUCAGACGCAGAAAGCCUCGGUUUCAGCGGUUUAUGAGGAGUGUAAGUGGACCAAUGAGAAGUACAUUAGCAAGAACAUUCUCCAGACGGUCUGGAGGUGGUUUAAGCUGGAUGCAACGGUUCUUCUUGCAUCCAGAGAGUAGAGUGUCCUGGCCUGGGGGGAAAGAAGGUAAACUACAUGGUGAAGACCACCCGGAGAGUUGUCUAGAGAGCAACCGUCAUUUGCAGUGGGCUCAUGGGAGAGCUGGAGAAGACAGGGUUCAUGUUGUGCUUUCGGAGGAGCAAGGAUGGCUUUUCAUAGGGAUAUAUGAUGGGUUUAGCGGACCGGAUGCUCCGGACUUCGUGAUGAGUCAUCUGUACAAAGCUAUAGACAAGGAACUGGAAGGUCUUCUCUGGGUUUACGACGAGCCAUCUGAAGAUAAUCCAUUGCAGCCAGACCAGGAACCUCAUUCUACACAGGAAACUAUCAGUGAACAGCAUGCAAAGUCAGUACUAGAAGUAAGUGAAGAGGUUACUGAUGCCGACACUCAGAUUGCUGAUGGUCCACCUGGAAAUUUAGCAGGUCCUGGCAAGAAAAGUACAAGACUUUACGAGCUACUUCAAUUGGAACGUUGGGAUGGAGAAGAACAUUCUCAUGGAGAAAGUGUAGCUGUAAAUGAUAUGACCAAUCCAUCUACUUCAGGUGGAAAUGAUCAGUGUACCAACGAGAACACCGUUCUUGAUGAGAUUCCAAACUCAGGGCAACUCCAUGGCACUAAAAAAUCACAGAUAAGCUCAAAGAUAAGAAGAAUGUACCAAAAACAAAAGUCUUUACGGAAAAAGCUGUUUCCAUGGAGUUAUGAUUGGCACAGGGAAGAAGAAGGGACGACUUGCCUUGAAGAGAAGAUCGUAGAGUCAUCAGGACCGAUUAGGAGACGCUGGUCAGGAACCGUAGACCAUGAUGACGUGCUAAGAGCAAUGGCUAGAGCACUAGAAAGCACUGAGGAGGCUUACAUGGAAAUGGUGGAGAAGUCUCUUGACAUAAACCCGGAGCUUGCGCUAAUGGGUUCAUGUGUUCUCGUAAUGCUAAUGAAGGAUCAAGAUGUUUACGUGAUGAAUGUUGGUGAUAGUAGAGCUAUCUUGGCUCAAGAGAGGCUCCAUGAUCGUCAUUCUAAUCCAGGGUUUGGAGUUGAGGAAGGUAUGGGGCAUAAGAGUAGGUCGAGAGAGUCGCUAGUGCGUAUGGAACUAGAUAGAAUAUCAGAAGAGUCUCCAAUACACAAUCUAACCACUCAGAUUAGUGUCUCGAACAAAAACAGAGAUGUGACUUCUUACCGGUUAAAGAUGAGAGCUGUUCAACUCUCAAGUGACCAUAGCACAAGUGUGGAAGAGGAAGUUUCGAGAAUUAGAUCCGAACAUCCAGAAGAUGAGCAGUCCAUACUCAAAGACAGAGUCAAAGGCCAGCUCAAAGUCACUAGAGCUUUCGGUGCUGGAUUUCUCAAAAACCCGAGUUUCAACGAAGCUUUGCUUGAGAUGUUCAGAGUAGACUACAUUGGAACAGAUCCGUACAUCAGCUGCGAACCGUGUACUGUCCAUCACAGGCUGACUUCAAGCGAUCGGUUCUUGGUUUUAUGCUCAGAUGGACUGUAUGAAUACUUCAGCAACGAAGAGAUAGUUGCUCACGUGACUUGGUUCAUUGAAAACGUUCCUGAUGGUGAUCCUGCUCAAUACCUCAUUGCAGAGCUUCUCUCUCGUGCAGCCACCAAGAACGGGAUGGAGUUUCAUGAUCUGUUGGAUAUACCUCAAGGAGAUAGAAGGAAGUACCAUGAUGAUGUCUCUGUGAUGGUUGUGUCACUUGAAGGAAGGAUUUGGCGAUCGUCUGGACAAUAUUAUCCUGAGAGAAAACCAAAAUUCAAUAGAUGAAUUUAACAACCAGUUGAACAAAAAAAAAGAAGUUAAGGUGUAAUUGGGUUAUUGUUUUCAAACAAUCUUUCAAUUUCGAAAAAGUAAAAGAAGGAAAGGUCUAAGUCUAUUUAUAUUGCUUCCAUAA